AAUAAUAAGUUAAAUUAUAAAAAAUUUAAACUUUUUAAAAUUAUUAAAAAAGUCUUAUUAAUUAAUUUUAAAUUAAAACUCUUAAAUACGAUACGAUAUUACUUAGUUUUUUAUAUUUUAUUCUUUAUAUUAAUACCUAAAGGCUUAUAUAUUAAAAAUCGUAUUAUUAUUAAACUUAACGAACUAAAAUAUAAAGUCGAACAAAUUAUCGACUACCGAAUUUAA